GCACACAGGCACAUAAACUGUGCAUCACUUGCCAUCCCUCUUCAUUCGUCCGUCUCAGCUCUGAGCAGUCAUAAAUAUGAUCUGGCUUUGCAUCAUAUCGGCGCUGUCAGUUAGUCCAGUCAUCUCUCAUCAAAAGACUGACACAAACCGCAUCAGUGUUUUCCCAGCGGAGAACCAAAGUAUUGCUGGAGUAUUCCAGGUGAGCGGCUUAAAUUACCUCAACCAGCCUCAGUACGUCUUCAAUGCCUCUGAUGCUCGCACGCUCUGCUUGUCCCUCAAAGUCAACAUUGCCUCAAAAGCACAAGUGCAGGAAGCUCUUAGUAAAGGUUUAGAGACAUGCAGGUUUGGUUGGAUUGAUGAACAUCUUGCAGUCAUUCCCCGCAUAAAGGCCGUUUCUACCUGUGGCAAAAACCAGAUAGGCUUGGUGACAUGGCGAGCCUCGGUUACAAACAAGUUUGAUGUGUUUUGCUUCAAUGAAUCAGAUGCAGCGGCACAAUUGAAGGAUGCAACGACUGAUAACCCUUUGAACGGCAGGGAUUACUCAGGGCAAACUCAUUCUUCUAAAGCAGCAAGCUCCACCCGCACCACGCACUCUACAUCUUCCUCCACCCCUCUGUUUUCUUCCACCUCAACUCCUAGAAGCAUGGACAAUGAGGCAGUGCCGGCUCCAAUUGUCAGCAGGUCACAGAGCUCUACUAGAGGAAAGGCUAUACUCAUCACCUCCACUUGUGCCCUUCUCCUUAUUGCAGUAAUCAUCUUUGUAUACAUAAAAAUGAGAAGGAGUCGGAGCUUGGACAUCAAGCAGCAGCAAGACUACAUCCAGACAGAGGAGUGGGUUUGUGUGACAAAAACAAAAGAACCCCAGAAAGGUGCUGAGGAAGAGGAGAGGAUAGAAGUGGGCGACGAUGCACAGAAAGAUGCUGAGGAAGAGGAGAGGAUAGAAGUGGGUGACGACGCAAGUUAGACAUUUUCUGAUGAGACAUUUUUAAGGACAUGGAAAACUACUGAGUAAUAUUGUAUAUUAAGGAUGAUGUGUCCCUUGUUGUUUCCUUUAAAAGGCUUUUUUGUUUGUAUGUGUUAUGUAUGUAUUAGUGUUUUCAGUUACAUGAUGCUAUUAAAUAGUGCUGUUUAACCACUA